GUGUGUGUGUUCAAUCACGUCCUCAGUCAGGAGUUAAGUAGUGGGACAGCGGAGAGAGAGAAACAUUGAUAUCAAACACUUGACACGUUAAAAUGAGCGGAAGAGGAAAAGGAGGCAAAGGACUCGGUAAAGGAGGCGCUAAGCGGCACCGUAAAGUCCUCCGUGAUAACAUCCAGGGAAUCACCAAGCCCGCUAUCCGCCGUCUGGCUCGCCGCGGUGGAGUGAAGCGUAUCUCCGGUCUGAUCUACGAGGAGACCCGCGGUGUGUUGAAGGUCUUCCUGGAGAAUGUGAUCCGUGAUGCCGUCACCUACACCGAGCACGCCAAGAGAAAGACCGUGACCGCCAUGGAUGUGGUUUAUGCUCUGAAGAGGCAGGGACGCACUCUGUACGGCUUCGGAGGUUAAACCCGUUAUUGAUCCACUGAACCAAAGGUCCUUUUAAGGGCCACACACACUCUCACAAAGAGACACAGUCCUGGUUCAUUAUAUGAAGACUUAUAUUUACUAUGUUUUAAAGUGGUUGUUAAUUUGGAGGUUUAGAUAUAAACCUUAAAGCAGAGUUUAUUAUAUAAUCUAUGAACCGUAACAUACAGGUAAUCUGUAACUAAUGUUUAUCACAUCCUUCAUGUAUAAUCUCCUGACUCAAUGUAUAGUAACUGAACACUAAAACAUUUGUAUGUUGCACUACAACACCAUCUGACUCUGUUGGUUUAACUGAAUAUUUUGAAGACUGAGGGAAGUUUAGUGUUGUAAUUAUCUGCACUCAUAUAUUUUUAGUUGUACAACAUCAGGACUCCACUCAACAGAUGUGCUUUUGAAUGUACCACAAUUAAAUUAA